AUGAUUGCCAGACAGCAGUGUGUCCGAGGCGGGCCCCGGGGCUUCAGUUGUGGCUCGGCCAUUGUAGGCGGUGGCAAGAGAGGUGCCUUCAGCUCAGUCUCCAUGUCUGGAGGUGCCGGCCGAUGCUCUUCUGGGGGAUUUGGCAGCAGAAGCCUCUACAACCUCGGAGGGAAAAAAAGCAUCUCCAUGAGUGUGGCUGGGUCACGACAAGGCGCCUGCUUUGGGGGUGCUGGAGGCUUCGGCACUGGUGGCUUUGGUGCCAGCGGCUUUGGAGCUGGUUUCAGCACUGUUGGCUUUGGUGGUGGGUUUGGGGGCUCCUUCAGUGGUAAGGGUGGCCCUGGCUUCCCUGUCUGCCCCGCUGGGGGAAUUCAGGAGGUCACUAUCAACCAGAGCUUGCUCAACCCCCUCCAUGUGGAGAUUGACCCUGAGAUCCAGAAAGUCCGGACGGAGGAGCGCGAACAGAUCAAGCUCCUCAACAACAAGUUUGCCUCCUUCAUCGACAAGGUGCGGUUCUUAGAGCAACAGAAUAAGGUCCUGGAGACCAAAUGGAACCUGCUCCAGCAGCAGACGACCACCACCUCCAGCAAAAACCUUGAGCCUCUCUUUGAGACCUACCUCAGUGUCCUGAGGAAGCAGCUAGAUACCUUGGGCAAUGACAAAGGGCGCCUGCAGUCUGAGCUGAAGACCAUGCAGGACAGUGUGGAGGACUUCAAGACCAAGUAUGAAGAGGAGAUCAACAAACGCACAGCAGCUGAGAAUGACUUUGUGGUCCUCAAGAAGGACGUGGAUGCUGCCUACAUGAACAAGGUGGAGUUGGAGGCCAAGGUGGACAGUCUUAAUGAUGAGAUCAACUUCCUGAAGGUCCUCUAUGAUGCGGAGCUGUCCCAAAUGCAGACCCAUGUCAGCGACACGUCCGUGGUCCUCUCCAUGGACAACAACCGCAACCUGGACCUGGACAGCAUUAUUGCCGAGGUCCGUGCCCAGUACGAGGAGAUUGCCCAGAGGAGCAAGGCUGAGGCUGAAGCCCUGUACCAGACCAAGGUCCAGCAGCUCCAGAUCUCGGUUGACCAACAUGGUGACAACCUGAAGAAUACCAAGAGUGAAAUUGCAGAGCUCAACAGGAUGAUCCAGAGGCUGCGGGCAGAGAUCGAGAACAUCAAGAAGCAGUGCCAGACUCUUCAGGCAUCUGUGGCUGAUGCAGAGCAGCGUGGCGAGAAUGCCCUUAAAGAUGCCCACAGCAAGCGCGUAGAGCUGGAGGCUGCCCUGCAGCAGGCCAAGGAGGAGCUGGCACGAAUGCUGCGUGAAUACCAGGAGCUCAUGAGUGUGAAGCUGGCCUUGGACAUCGAGAUCGCCACCUACCGCAAACUGCUGGAGGGCGAGGAGUACAGAAUGUCUGGAGAAUGCCAGAGUGCCGUGAGCAUCUCUGUGGUCAGCGGUAGCACCAGCACUGGAGGCAUCAGCGGAGGAUUAGGAAGUGGCUCCGGGUUUGGCCUGAGUAGUGGCUUUGGCUCCGGCUCUGGAAGUGGCUUUGGGUUUGGUGGCAGUGUCUCUGGUAGUUCCAGCAGCAAGAUCAUCUCUACCACCACCCUGAACAAGAGACGAUAG